GACCAUGUGAACUUUAUCAAUUUCAACCAGGACUCAUCCUGCAUCUCCGUAGGGUACAACAACGGGUACAAGAUUUUCCAUUGCGACCCAUUUGGUCAGUUUUUCACCAAGGGCGACGGAUCGGUGGGUAUCGUGGAGAUGCUCUUUAACACGUCGCUUAUUGCGGUCGUGGGCUCAGGUGACCAGCCGCCGUCGCUCUCGCCCCGCCGAUUGAAGGUCAUCAACACAAAGCGGCAGUGCACCAUUGUGGAGGUGACAUUUCCCAACACCAUUCUCGCCGUCAAGAUGAAUCGCACGCGGAUGGUUGUGUUGCUCGAGGAGCAGAUCUUUAUCUACGACAUCAAGACGAUGCGCAUGUUACACUCCAUCGAGACUCAGCUGAACCCCCUCGGCAGCUGUGCCCUCUCUCCGGACUCUGACCGGAACUACUUGGCGUAUCCCUCGCCUCCCAGAACUUCCUUCUUGCUAGGCUCUACCAACUUGCCCACAAUCAACGAAACCACACACACAACCCCACAUAGCACCAAUCAAACAUCCACGCUUCCUUCCAGAACCGGCGACGUCAUCAUCUUCAACGCAGAGACGUUACAGCCGGUGACGGUCAUUGAGGCUCACAAGUCAACCAUAUCUGCCAUGUGCCUCAACGCAAACGGCACGUUGCUUGCCACGGCCUCCGACAAAGGAACCAUCGUGCGUGUAUUCCAGGUCGAGACAGGCACAAAGUUGUACCAGUUCCGGAGGGGAACGUACCCCACUACAAUCUACUCCUUGAGCUUCAGCGACGACGACCGGUUCAUCACAGCAACGUCUGCCACCGAAACGGUGCAUAUUUUCCGUUUGGGUGAGGAUGAGGCGUUGGCAAACCGCAAAAAGAGAGACGGCAAAUCGCAUAUGAAGUCUGGCAAGAAGUUGAAGCCUGGAAGAAAGCAGUCCUUUGGUAGCAUCACCGAGGAGGUGGAGGAGACCGACGAGAUCGAGGAGGAAGAUGAAGAGGAUCUACUCGAGGCAGAGGAUGAUAGCGAGGUGGAGCUUGUGGACGACGAUGAGAGCUUUGAGGAGGGGCUAGUGGUUCCAAAAAGGAGGUCUUCUUCUAGUGGCAGCUUGGGGUCUGGCAAAUCCGUUAACGGUACCGACGAGGCUAAGUCGGAGCCAUUGAUCGAUUUGACCAGACGGUCAGUGGCCCGCAUGAUCAGGCGUUCGUCGCAGACCUUGGGUCGCAAGGCGGCAGAGAGGAUGGGCACCUUUUUGCCCUCCAAGUUCUCAUCCAUCUUGGAGCCCACCCGCCACUUUGCGUCGUUGAAGGUGCCGAUCAACAAGGAUGUGAAGGCGAUAGCCAGUAUCGGAAAGGAAAUGACCGAAGAGGACUUGUGGGUCUUGACGAAUCACGCCUCUGAGGUUUCUGAAGAUGCAACUAGCGGUUCCAAUGCUUCGUUGCCACGAGCGAAGUUGUUGCACGUCAUGGUGAUUACGUCGGAUGGAUAUUUUUACAACUACGGGUUGGACCCUGAGCGUGGUGGAGACUGUAUCUUGUUGAAGCAGUAUUCGUUACUU